AUGGUGUUUCGGGAUCGUGACACAGCGCGGCGACGAUACGAACCGAGAACCGCGUUGCGGACCACCAUUUACAGUGUUUUCACCUGGUUCUUCCUCGCAUGCAUAUAUGCUGCUUUGCCCUCGCCAGCACGUAACGACGAUGGCACCAACUAUCCUACUGAAGUCUUGCGCGCAGGAAAGACGUUAACAAGGGUAUACUCAACAUCAGUUUAUUUUCCUUAUUCCGAGCGAGAUCAUGAAGCCAUCGACAAGGCUCGGCUCAACGAACAAUCGUACUUCGCCCUCUCCUUCACCAUCGCACCCGCUCUCCCACAUACAGAUGGUGCGAAUCUCAGCCUCAAAAUCUCCCACUCAACUCCCAUCUCUUUACCUAGAAGCAGGCCACUAAAUAAUGGAACCAAUAUCCUCUCUGCCUCCAAACCAUUCACCUUCGAUGAAGCAGACGCCGUGCUCCUCUUCGCCUCCGCGACCAAUGGGAGGAUGUACGUAACCCUUCGAACGCUAUGGAAUGAGAAUGGAGACCUAGAAAUCCGGACGGACGGGCCGGACUGGGACCAGCAACCCCCCUCCACGAAAGCGCCCCUUCUGACCCUUUCCCUCUCCCCCAUGCUCUCCGCCACUGUACCGGAGCCCCCCUAUUCAGCUUCACCCACUUCAACUUUUCCAAUUCGAUACGUCCUCCUUUCCAUUCUCAAGAUAACAGCCUUUAUCCCACUCGGCUUAGAAGCGGCUAUCUCUUUCAUCCUGUCCGCUGUCAUCGCCAUUAUUGGAUUCUUGUUUACCACCCUAUUUUGGCUUGCCCUGUUUACGCUCGUGAUCCGUGGCGGGCUGUGGUAUUAUAGGGGUCGACCCGAUAUUGGAGAGCUUAUAUCCGAUGUGAGGACCCAUGUUCGACCAACAACCGACAAUUUACAAGAACAAUGGACAUCGUGGCGGGCCAGAUGGCCAAGAGAGCAAGAGCGAACUCUGCCCGUGAGCGAAUCGCAGGUACAAGCUGUUGAAGGAGACAAGAUGGGGUAA